GGCCUUAAAUUAUUUGGAAUCGGGAUCGAGGUUGACGUACAGAAUUCUCGCGAGAUUUCUGCCUCUUUGACGUAAGCAGGAUCGAGAAGCAGAAGCAAUGGGUGCUUACAAGUAUAUGCAGGAAAUCUAUAGGAAGAAGCAGAGUGAUGUUUUGAGAUUUCUGCUGCGUGUUCGCAGCUGGCAGUACCGCCAGUUGUCAUCAUGCCAUCGUGCACCACGACCAACUCGACCAGAGAAAGCCCGAAAGUUAGGAUACAAAGCCAAGCAAGGUUUUGUCAUCUACCGAGUGCGAGUUCGACGUGGUGGCAGAAAGGUCCCUGUGCCGAAAGGAAUUACUUAUGGUAAACCUACAACUAGUGGUGUAAACCAAAAGAAGUUCCAAAGAUCUCACAGAUCUAUUGCUGAGGAGCGAGUUGGAAAAAAGUGUGGUGGACUGCGUGUGCUAAGCUCUUAUUGGGUGGCACAGGAUUCAUCCUAUAAGUUUUAUGAGAUCAUUCUGGUUGACCCCUUCCACAAGACCGUUCGUCGUGACCCCAAGCUACAAUGGAUCUGCAAUCCAGUACACAAGCACAGGGAACUGCGUGGUCUCACCUCAGCUGGCAAGAUGUCUCGAGGUCUGGGCAAGGGACACAAAUUCACGAAGACUAUAGGAGGGUCACGCCGUGCAGCAUGGAAGAGGAACAAUUUGACAAAAAUGCGCAGAAAGCGUUAAAACAAAUUUUUCUUUUAUUUUCCUUUUCCAUAUUUUUUCUCAUCUUAGAAUGAGCAAAUCUCUAUGUGAGUUUUAUUGUCUUUGGGCUACGGAAUAAACACAGAGAAUUAAG